CUCUAAACCCAGCUCUCACGCUCACGGCUCUGAGGCGGACUCCUUCGUCUAUUCCUACGCUUCAUUUCAUGUCCUGGAUGCUGCUUUGGUAGUACCGAGUCAUCGAGCCAUCACUCAGACUCUUUCUCGUCCGUCUCUAGCCCACGCCUUCUCCGGAGAGCGCCACUUGGUCCCUGCUCGGCGUCUCCCAGCGGCCCCGCUUUUGCUUCCCCGCCGCCCACCGAUCAGACAAGGCGCUGGGCUGUCUUGGACACCUCAGGAACUGCAGCCACACCAGACAGCAAAGGGGACAAGCUUCAGCUUUAGUGCGUCGAAGAGAGCCUCUUCAGUAGCUUGCCAAGUCAUCCUCAUCCUCCCUUCGCAGCCGGCAUGGGUGACGAAGCCACGCCGGUUGCGAGUACCACCUUGCCUCGGUCGUCUAGAGGGCUGGGAUCUCGUCGUCUUUACUUGGCCGUAGACUGCGGCGGAUCAAAGGCAGCCGCAGCCAUUGCUAUCUCGUCCGUAGAGCCGGGCAAGCCACCCUCCUUCCUCUCUCGAGGUUUCGGCGGUGCCGCCAACUAUACCGAUGUGGGCUUGGAUCGCUUUCUCCUCAGCGUCAGAGAGGCAGUCGAAAACGCUCUAGAUGAGGCGCAAAUCGAGUGGAGAACAGACAAGACCACCUCAAAUGCUCGCUCCUCAUCCCAAGCCUCGACCUUCUCAUCGGCGGAGCUCACCAAAGUGGACCCCCUCUCAGCAAACCGCAUCGCCCCCUUCCCCCAACUCUUCUACGCAGCAUGGCUCGGAAUCGCAGGUGUCGACUCGCCGCUCAACAUCUCCGUCCUGUCGCCUCACCUCUCCCGCCUGCUCUGCAUACCGUAUCCCUCUUCCCGCCUCAUAGUAGCCAACGACACCAGCCUCUUGGCAUCGCCCGUCAUGGAGAGAGAUGGGAACUCUCCACCAGACGCUGUACGCGAGGGCGUCGUCUGCAUCGCUGGGACCGGAUCCAUCGUUAUGUCGUUCCGGAGCAGAAACCAGCCGCAGCCGGGCACGAGUCAUGGGGCGACGACAGAGACGCUCAGCCCUGGAUCGAGCAGCAAGAGCGGUACCAAUAGCUUGCUCGAGGCUGUAGGCAGGGUGGGGGGAUUUGGGUGGCUUCUUGGAGACGAGGCGGGAGGCUACAUGGUCGGUAGAAAGGCAGUGAGAGCUGUCCUUGAUCAGGCAGAUCGUGAGCGACUAAGCAGCGACGACAGCAGCGACGACGACGAAGAAGAAGAAGAAGCCGAGGACGGUGCAGCGAGAGAUGGCCUGGGGAUCGACCAGUCGAAGCUCUUCAGCGGGCUCGGCCGUUCAAAGGGACAGCAUCUCCUGCGGGACCGCAUUCUUGCUCACUGGAAUCUCAACAGCACGGACGACCUCCUCGACACAGUCUACUCUAAUGACAUCGUAGUCCCAACCUCCUCUGGCCCAGGGGGCCAGCGAGCCUCUGUAGCAGCCUCAAUGGCGUCCAGCGUGGCGAGCGACAGCCCCAUCUCGGAUCGUGCUCGAAAGGACACCACCGACGUUGACGGCAUGGAACUCGAUGACCCGUCGCACAGCCUCUUGCCUCCUGGAGCUCGCCUUCAUCCCCCUUCAGUCAAUGGUGGGAGCGUCAGCCCUAUUCCUGCGAUCGACAGCUACCCGAGCAGCCCAAGACGGCAGUCUGUAUCUGACGAGGGGCACAAAGGAGCAGCAGCGACGUCAAACCUCUCCACCACCUCUGCAAAGAGUUGCUCAGAGCGCUGCCUCACGAGCCAGCAGCCCUCUAGCUCAGCCCUCAGUGCUGCUCUGGCCAUUCCGCGCACAGCCACACAACCACCAUCACCCGCUUCACCAGCCGAAGCAACUACUGCUGGCGCGCGUAAGCUCCGUCUGGCGUCUUUGGCCCCGCUCGUCUUCCAUCUUGCCUUCACUCAUGGCGACGCAAUGUCGCUCGACCUACUCAAGGGAGAGAUCAAGAGCAUUGUGGAUCAAAUUGAACUCCUCCUGCAGAGGCCGAGGCGACCAAGACGGUCGAGGACUCUGAAGCGGACAGAGGCAGCGCCGUCCAAGGAUGCGAAUGGUCACGCCAACAGCAGCACCAGAGAUGCUUCAACAGACCGAAAAGACAGUCGUCGCGUCCUCGCAGAGCAGUCAGUUCUCUGUCUUGGAGGCUCGCUGCUCGGCGUCGAGGGCUAUCGUGGCCUCAUGGUGGACGAGCUUAAGGCUAGAGGGUGGCGCUUCAAGCGUGUGGUGCAUGUGGAAGAUGUGGCUAAGAGGGGAUGUGAGGCAUUGGCGCGCGGGUGGGAGGGCGGUGCGGGAGGCGAGUGAGGAGAAGGAACAAGUGAUGCAAAUCAUCACGGACGGUACACUACGCUACGCUACUUGGCAGCCUGCUCCCUUCAUUGGGAUGCUCGUUUUGAAGAAUAGAAUAGGACAUCUCAAGCCAUCUUCAUGAUUUGCAAUGAUGGCUCGCGUGCGUACGCCCCCUCCCUCGUCACUCUUCUCCCACUCGCCAUCUUGCCAAGCUCACACGCACUCCAAGAAGCGUUGGCGGCAUCAUCGCUCAUUCUCGACGCGGACUCUCA